AACACUACCAGUUUCCAGCGGAUCUGAAUCUAUCGCAUUAUAAUCAAAAUAAUUAAAGUUACAAAUACUUAAUCAACUGAUAUUUUAUUGUGUCUCAUUUAAGCUACAUAUUAGGUAAAGGCUUCCAGAUACCAUUAUCUAGUAUUCUGACAUAAUUUGUUAUAUUUUAUCUUUUCCGUUUAGAUCUAAAAUCUAUUGUUAUAUUAUGCAAAUAGACUAUUAUGUAAAUAUAGAUAAUUGAGAUGUAUAAUAAUCAUAUAAUUAAGCUCAAAAUAUAAAAUUCUGUCGGAGAGUAAUAGGUAGCUAAUUGCAUAAGAAUACUUUGAGUAAUUGCUACCACCAGACUUUAGUCAGUCCCAUCAAAGAAGCUUAUCGUAAUUCAUAGGAAUUCAUAAAAGAGCGUUCUAUUACUAUUAAUUAGAUAAUUCUCAUUUAACGGUUUUGUAAUUAUUAGCAUGGCAACAUACAUUUCGAAUUCGGAAGUGAUACAGAACGUUAAAGUUGGGGGCAAAACGGAAUAUUUUGUCUUGGCUAAUUCGUCAACCAACAGUUUGUCAAUUACCGACACUCGAAACGUCUGGAUUUGCGAAAAUCGCAAUAGGACGAAGAUGAUCCAAGAAAUAGUAAAGAACGUAUGGACUUCUUCGAGUACUGAUCUAAGCCUAACCAAGUUAGCUGACCAAAAAUUAUUACUUGAAUAUACGAGCGAUAUACAAGUGGAACUAAUAGAAGCCGAAGAAACGAAAAGAGAUGAGAUGAUAAAGUCGACAUUUUCAAGUAUGUUUCUACAACUCAAAGACCAAUCGAACAAAGUUAGAGAGUUAGAAAAUGAAAAACAAUUUCGAAGCCCAGUUAAAGAAAGUCUCAUACCCGAUACUUCACCUGCCAAUAAGUCAAAACAAGUACCUAAAGAACCAGGUAUGUCUAAGAUAAAUCCAGGUGUUAAAAGGAGAAAAGCUGCAACAGGAAUUCGUUUUGAUUGA